GCUGGCUCAGCAUUUGAAGAGAUGUGAUAGCUAAAACCGAUGGACGUUACACGCGAAGGCUUAAGUGGUUGCCACGUGUGGGAUUUUAAAUGGUGCGUCAGAGACACACGUACGAUAAUUAAGGGCAAGGAAGAGGAAGGGGGUGUGAUUUCAGUGGAACCCAUUACGACGAUAAUACUGCCGGAACUGCAAGAUUUGCCAGAAACUAUUACGCCGGAUAGCAGUGCUAGUGCCAGCACACAUGGUGACUCUGCUGGUCACCAUUCUACAAUCUCUAAAGGUUCGUCUUUAGAGGGGAUGCCCAGUGAGGCAGGAGAUGAAGGAGAAGGCGCUAGCAAUCCUUCCAUGGCACCUGUGGAGGCAGGCAUGUCCGUGUUCAAGGCGGCGCUACGUCAUGAGGUAGCAGAUGGUGUGGCUACCAUUAAAGGGUACAAAAGAUUGGAGGAAAUGUUGACUCCUCGUGAUGUCGACCUGAAAAAUCAGCUGCUAGAUUAUGUGAAGACUAAAGGAUUAGUGGAUCUAAAGGCCCUGGUUACCUCUGAACAGCUCGCUGUGUUUGGGUUUGUCGACAUGGCAAACCAAUACACUGAAGCGUACUUGAGAGGCAACGUCAACGAGCUCAAAGCUCGCAUAACCGCGGAGCAGGGUCUAGCUCGCAACGGUAGACUCAUUUUGAUGAACGGCUACCUGUGGCACCAUCUCGUAGCUCGUCACAGAGGGAGCGAGGGUAUGCAAAAUUUUGUUCCCUCUGUAAAUCGGCAGCGUGCCAAAGGGCAUAUUCAGCAGCAUGGGGGCCAUGCUGCUAUGCUAAAGUUGAUGGACGCGUUCAGCUACGCGGUUGCACUCUUUGAGUGCGAGCAAAGGGCACACGAGCAAAACCGUGAGCUCAAGGAGAGCUGCAAACAGCUGACCUCUGAGAAGGCAAGCUUGGAGGAUGAGGUCAGCCGCUUGCAAAGCUCUGAGAUGGCGAACAGAGCUGCGUCAACGAAGAGCCGAGCUGACGGGUUGGCCUACAAGGUCAACGAGCUGAAGGAGGAGCUGGAGAAGGCUCAGGCUGAGAGGGAUAGUGGCAUCCAAACAACCAAGGAUGAGGCCAGCCGUGCUGAAAACCAUGCCAAGAGAGUGAAAGCUAACAAGAAUAAGGCUCUUUAUGAGCUGAACUCCAUGGAGGAGAGGGUGGCCGAGGCCAACUGGAACGUUGCUCGAGCUGAGGCAUCACUAGAGAGAGUCAAGAAGUCUCACCGGCGCUCUAUCUGUAUUGCCCAAGCACAAGGGGCAGAGUGGUUGGUUGGAGCUAAUAUGUUGCAAGACGUCGUGGCAAUCGCCUUUGCAAAUACCACCACGGAGAUCUACAAUGAAAUUCAUGGGAAGUUAUUACGGCACCGGGCUGACUUCCUAAUCGACGAGCUGGCCUUCUUCGAGGGAGAGGAAAUGGACGAGCAAGGAAAAAGUCUCGCUCCUCUUGCUAAUGCCACGGGUUUGUCAAGCUUCGAUGCUUGGGUGGCAGAGCCCUUUGAAGUGGAGGCCGAACCAUCAAGCAUCCCCCCAUCUUCUCAACCCGCUACUGCUCCAGCUCUUCCCUCGCCAGCUCGUUCUGCUCCAACUCAGCUAUCUCCUACUCGUGCUUUUGUUGCGCUCGCUAACGCGUCCAUUCCUGUCGAUCUGACAAAUGAUUAGUUUUAGGCUUAUUUCUUUCUUCUGUAUUUUUUGUAUUGGUCACUUGACCCAUUAGAACGUUUUAAAGACUGUCCCCUACAUUUACAUGUAUAUUUUUUUGGAAAGAAAUACAAAAAUGGACA